CUAAGAGAAAAAUUGACACAUUCUUGGGAAGUAAGGACAGUAUCUCACUAUAAUUUACUAAUAUGUUUUCUCUUUUAUCAUCAAAUAUACCCCAGUUCUUACCUGGAGUCAUCGGUGGUCCACUGCUACUAGAUGCGGAGACCCGUUAAGCAAAAUCUCAUUCAUUUAAAACUACUUGGGGCUGGGAGAGUUUGUUUUAUGUCUGGUAAUUUAUCACGUUUAUCACUAAUGCAUACUACAACUAGUCUAUAUCUCUCCUAUCAUCUCUGUUCCCCUUCUUUCAAUUUCAUCUCACAAAUUAUCAGUUAAAUAAAUUUGAAGAUGCCAUAAGUAUUUUGGUCCACCACAGAUGUACAAAUUCACAAUUAACAACCUACCUAACUGGAAUUAGUGUAGUCGAGUGGCUGGACUAUCAAUUAUCAGACUGCAACAAACACCUGGAGCCGUACUAAAACAACAACAAGAAAUGAGAGCAAAUAAAUCAGUUUGUUUAUAUAAGUCAGUGACAACGAGAUUGUAUAUCGAGCAUUUUGAAGGAGGGUAGUUAGACGAAUCUCUAAUCAGCUGGUCUAUGUUGCAGGAGUUUACUGGAGUUGCAUAGUCUGCAAAAUGGGGGAUGAGUCUAUUGAAUGCCUGUCUAACGACUCUGGAGAUUCAUGGGAUAUCCUGAGUAAUUCUGAAUCUGAAAUGGAGCGCGAUCCUUCAAGUCAACCGCAACCAAACUGUCUUAUCGUCUGUGCCAAUUGUGGCGAUUUAUUGUCUGAUGAGUUCCUGCAGUGCUUGUUGUGUAAAAAUUGCUACGUUUGUAUCAAGUGUAAAGCAAAAUCUCCUUUAGCUACGAAGUGCACAGAAGUUGGGGAACAUUCAUUUAUACCAGCACUCAGGUUGUUAACAUCUAAAGAUGUAUCUAAUUUAGAAAACUGUGAAUCAGAUAUUCUUAGUUUACCGGAAACUGAUAGCACUCCAUCAGUUCAUGAAGAUUUCACUGAUAUAGACAACUGGAUGAAAAGCAGUUCAAAUACACAAUCACUUACAUUAUCAGAUUUCAAUUCCACUAAAGAAUAUGUCGAAGUUGAGGCUGUUCCAUCUAGUCCUACUACUGAUGAACAUCAAGAUAAGAAAUGUUCAAAUAAACUAUCACAAGGUGACAGUUCAAUUUUAAAUGUUUUAUUACAAUUUUUACGAAAUAACAAUCAAUCGACAAUAGAACCAAGUUUAUUCGACUCAAAAUUGUUACUGGCAUCAAAUUUAGAGUCAUCUUUUCCAAAAACAUUUCAUCCACAUCAUACAACUGUUCAGAAUGUUUUACUAAAUAUGGAUGAUAGUUCAGCUUUUCAAUCAUGGUUCAAUUUGGGUAGUUCACUGGGGAAUACACGUCGUAAACAAGAAAGUUUAUCUUCUAAUUCUUCUUCAUCAUCAUUAUCAUCUGAACCUAGUCCUGAAAAUAUAUCACAACAUUAUGAUUCCUUUCCGUUAAUAACAACAUCACUUGUUGGUGUAACAAGUGGUCGCUUCACAGUUUCAUCAUCAUCACCACCAUUAACACCAACAACAAUACCAACGGCGCUGAAAAGAGAAUCACUCGUUGGAUCAUCUGGUGAUAAUAGCCCAAAUCGUUCAAGUUCCUCUUCAGAUUUCUCGCCUCAAUCAUCAAUCUGUUCACUUUCAUCUUCACCAUUAGGAGCUGCUACUCAAUUCUUGAAAUCGGUUGUUAAAUAUUCUGCUGCCGCGUUGAAUAAUUUCGAUUUAUUGUCAUUAGAUCAAACAGAUGAUAUACCUGUGGAUAAUUGGUCUAAACCUUUUACUUCUACUACUACUGCUACUACCACUAAUAAUAAUAAUAAUAAUAAUAAUAAUAAUAAUAAUAAUAAUAAUAAUGAUAAACAAAAUAUCCAAUGUAAUAAUUCAUCAAGUAAACAAAAUUCCUCAUUAUCACUAUCAUCAUCAGUAUCAUUAACACCAAGCUAUUUUCCUAAAUCUGUUAAUAUUAGUAAUAAUUGUAAUAUUAAUCAUACUAUUGGUAUAAAUACUGCUGUCAACUCCAUAGAUAACAAUAAUAAACGAACUGUCUGGGAUAAUGAACGUUUACGUGAAAUCAUCACUGCUAAACCAUUACCAUCUACUAUAACUGAAACAUUUGCAUAUAAUUUACGCUAA